AAAUCGAAAAGGAAGGGAAAGUUUCGACUGGCCACACGUGGCAGUGCACGAGUGGGUGAUGAUCUGAAAAUCCGCGACAGCUGGAAAAUCCAGAAAAAUAAGGUACUAAUGGUUUCGUCUUCAUCUUUUUACCCAACGCCGUCUUUCUCUUUUUGACUAAGCGAACUCUCUCAAACUUUGAUUCUGGGAUUCUCGGAUUCAAUGGCCACCGAUCAUAUCUCCAACUCCGUCUAUCACUAGGGAAACCUCUCUCUUUCGCUUCUUCCAGCGCCGUCGAUCAGAGCUCCGGUCGGCGGUUCCCCGAUGGCACGAAGGAAUUGGAUUCGGGAACCGAUUAUUGUCUUCUUCAUGCAUAGCUUUUAUUCUCCUUCCACAUAAUACGGGUAACAUCUUCUCCUUUUGAUUCUAUUUCAGUUAAUCGCAAGUUCUGGGGUUUGAUUUUAUUUUUGAUUCCGUUUUUUGGGGGAAAUUUUCGAUCAUAAUGGAUCAAAGUUUUACCCGAUUGCUGAAUUUCGAUCUUCAUCCGAAUUCAGAUCUGAACCCAAAUAUUGUAAACCUAACCCAAUUGAAUAACCCAUCUCCGAACCUAAGCAUGAGUUCCGAGUCUGACUCACCCUCAGACGACGGUGACUUUUCUGACAGCGUCCUCAAGUACAUAAGCCAAAUGCUAAUGGAGGAGAACAUGGAGAAAGAACUCUCUAUGUUCCAUGACCCUCUGGCUCUCCAAGCAGCUGAGAAAUCUCUUUAUGACGUUCUCGGUGAGAAAUACCCACCUUCUCCAAAUCAACACCCUCUUUAUUAUACUAGUGAUCGGAAUAUAGAGAGUCCUGACGAUCAUUUUUGGCCAAGUCCUGGUGAUUCUACAACUAGAACUAGCAAUUCUGCUUCUACUUCUAGUUCCAAUACUGGCAAUUCCGUGCAGUCUAGUCGGACUUAUGUUGAUCCUUCAGAAUACGAACCUUCCAUAUUGCAAACCCCAGUACCUGUUGAUUUCGUUUUCCAGUCCACUUCAGUUUCCAGUUCACAAACAACGUCCAACUUGCAGGACAAUAUAACUGAUAAUGGUAAUGGUAAUGGUUUGGUGGGUUCUUCCUUGAAUGAGCUUCUGGAACCGAAUUCUUUUAGCGAGAGUGAUUUGAUGAUGCAAUUUAAGAGAGGGGUGGAGGAGGGUAAUAAGUUCCUGCCGAAAAGUCCUCAACUCGUUAUUGAUCUGGACAACUACGAAUUGCCUCCGGAGAGUAAUAAAAAUGUUUCCGAUUCGUUGGUUAAGGUGGAAAAGGAGGAGAGGGAUCAUUCUCCUACUGAGUUGAGAGGGAGGAAGAAUCAUGAACGAGAGGAGACGGAUUUGGAAGAUGGAAGGAGUAACAAGCAGUCGGCUAUUUACAUGGAGGAUGGUCAGGAGACUGAGCUUUCGGAGAUGUUUGAUAAGGUGCUGCUUUGCAAUGGGGAAAAAGGAAGGGGUGGUCUAAUUUGUGAAGAUGGUGGGGGCAUUGGCAAUGGAGGAAAGAAGUUCUCCCAGCAGGAUGAGAAAUCCAAUAAAAGUAGCAGCGGCAAGAGUCGUACCAAGAUGCAGGAAAAUAAGAAGGAAGUGGUUGACUUGAGGACUUUGCUUAUUUUAUGUGCACAAGCAGUAUCUUCUUAUGAUGUUAGGACUGCUACUGAGCUAUUAAAGCAGAUUAGGCAGCACUCUUCUCCAUAUGGUGAUGGAUCUCAGAGGUUGGCUCAUUAUUUUUCAAAUGGCCUUGAAGCACGAUUGGCUGGUACUGGAACUGAGAUAUAUGCAUCUCUUGCUUCUAAAAGAACAGCCGCUGAUAUGUUGAAAGCUUAUCAAGUUUAUGUAUCUGCUUGCCCGUUCAAGAAGAUUGCAAUUGUCUUUGCAAACAAUAUGAUCUCAAAAGCAGCUGAAAAAGCGGCAAAUCUUCAUAUCAUAGAUUUUGGUAUCCUUUACGGCUUCCAGUGGCCUGCUCUCAUUCAGUGCCUCUCACGAAGAUCUGGUGGACCACCUAAGCUCCGUAUUACAGGGAUUGAAUUUCCCCAACAUGGUUUUAGACCAGCACAGCAAGUCCAGGAGACAGGGCGUCGCUUGGCGAGGUACUGUGAGCGCUUUAAUGUGCCGUUUGAGUACAAUGCCAUAGCACAACAAUGGGAAACUAUCCAAAUUGAAGACCUCAAGAUUGUUAUAGAUGAGGUGGUUGCUGUGAAUUGUCUAUUCCGAUUCAAGAAUUUAUUGGAUGAGACAGUUGUGGUAGACAGUCCAAGGGAUGCUGUUCUAAACUUAAUUAGGACCAUACGUCCUGAUAUUUUUGUCCAUGCCAUAGCUAAUGGAUCAUACAAUGCUCCUUUCUUUGUCACACGGUUCCGCGAGGCACUAUUUCAGUUCUCCUCAUGGUUUGAUUUGUCUGAUGCUACUUUAGAUCGUGAAAAUCCAAUGAGGUUAAUGUAUGAGAAGGAGUUUCUGGGGCGGGAGAUCAUAAAUAUCGUUGCUUGUGAGGGUUCAGAAAGAGUUGAGAGGCCUGAGACAUACAAGCAGUGGCAGGUUCGGACCAAGAGAGCGAGGUUCAGGCAGCUUCCAUUGGACUUUGAACUCAUGAAGAAAUUGAAGUGCAGGGUGGAAGGAGGGUAUGACAGUAAUUUUAUGGUUGAUGAAGAUGGCAACUGGAUGCUGCAGGGUUGGAAGGGCAGGGUUAUGUUUGCUUCCUCCUGUUGGAUACCAGCAUAGGACUUAAAAUGCAUUUUGUCGGAAUUUACUUCCAAGAAGCUGGUUUAAUACACUGGUAAAUAGGCUUUCGUCUUUGUUGGUUCUUUGAUAUUAUCGGUCGGUUCCAGUAUCUUUGUCCCUUUCCUUUGGCUUAAAGAUUGCAAAUAAUGAAGUUUGUGGGAUAUCUCUGACUUGACCUGCCCGAUUGUAUCAUUUAAGUCACUGAUUAGGUGACUGUCAACAGAUUUAGUUCAGCUAGUUCUAGCACUUUUCACCUGGGCUUACCUAGAUUCUGAAUUUUAUGCAAGUAUAAUAGAUUGUAAUUUCCAAUUAUUUUUGCUUUUUAGAUGGUUCCCAGAUAGAUAGUGAAAGCUUCUAUUAUAUGGUAUUAUGGAACAUAUAAUCCAGAUAGAUGGUGAAAGCUUGUAUUGUAUGGAUUAUGGAGUAUAUAAAAGUGGUACCUUUUUCUCUA